GUCGUUUUUACUAUUAAUAUAAUAAUAUAUAAUAAUAAUAAUUAGUCGGUAGUUUCUGUUUUUUUACUCCGUACGCUGUUAGAAUUUCCCCUCUAGAUUUUUCUUAAACUUAAAUUAAACGCGUAGUUAAUAAAAAAAAGGAAAGCUUCCUUUACAAGACUUUAUUAAAUAAUGCGAUAGCCAUAACGUUCAGAGUAGAGGGCCUGCGCUUCUCUAACCAGUAAUUAACUGGCAACUUUCAGCUUGUACGGACCGACGUUUCAGUUUCAAAUCGGCAAUUUGCAGUCGCAGUCCUGAAACCGUUUCAGAACGAUCGAAAAAGUUGAGCGAUUUAAAUCGUAUACGCGCUUUUCGGCGGGUUAUCAAAACAAAGAAGAUAACAGGAAACGAAUAAAGAUAAAUUACUCUGAACUCUCGAAAAAAGAUCCUUUGAAGACAGCUGUUUAGAAAAAUAUAGAAGAGACAAAAAUAUUCGGCAAUUGGCAAACAAAUGAUACUUAAUUUAGUGAUGGCCGGGUUCUACAAAUUUUCUUAUAAUAAUGACCCCUAAAUAAUCAACUGAGUUCACAGAAUGAGUCCAGGAUUGUAUUGGCCGAAAGGAUCGGCUAUUGAAGUAGUUUUGAUUGUGUUAAUGUUGAAUUAUGUUACAGAGAUAACGGGAUUUCGUCUGACCAAUAUGACUGUUCCUGACUUGGUGGAUCCCAGAGAAAAUCUGGAACUUGGCUGCUACUUUGACAUUGGCAACGAAGAAUUAUACGCUCUCAAAUGGUAUAAGGACGGAAAUGAAUUUUUUAGAUAUAUGCCUCAGGAAGAUAGAAAAAUGAGGUAUUUUCCAGUUUUCGGAGUAUUCGUUGAUGAUCAAAAGUCUAGUUGCGAUAAUAGUCAUUGUAAACUCACACUCAAAAAAUUAUCCAGAGAAGAAAGCAGCGGGUCUUACCGAUGUGAAAUAUCCAGUGAAGCACCCUCUUUUAGAUUAGCGUCGGAUACUCAUAAUGUUAUAGUGGCAGCUGUACCUAGAGAGAAUCCAAAAAUAGAGGGUUUAGAGUCUUAUUACUCCGAAGGUGAUAUCCUGUCUGCAAACUGUACAUCAGAUUUUGGUGAUCCAGCUCCCACAUUGAGGUGGUAUGUCGACGAUGAGCCGAUUAUCCCAGUAUCCAGACCCACAUACAUAUCAAGAGCCUCAGAUAUUCUUGUCGCCCAAUCCAUAUUAUUGGAAAUGAUGGUUGCCAAUGUGUCCAAAGCAACUCUGAACAUUGCCUGCGAUUCUUCAAUUAUUGGAGUGCCCUUUGCUCCUCAGCAUACCAUGGUGGUGGUAGCUUUAAGAUCAACCAAAGACCCAGGGGUGUCUCAUAACGAAAUACUACAACGAUGGUACAGUCCUUAUUUCUACAGCAGUGCAAUAUUACCAAGUUUAUCACAUCAACUAGUUUUGUCAAUUAUUCUUGUAGUUGUUGUAAGAUGGCCUCUAGAACACUAAA